AUGACCGGUUACAAGAAGGCAAUUGAAGUUUUACAAAUAAGUGAUGUGAAGCACAUUGAUUCUUACAAUUUGCCGACCGAUACUGACCAGGAAUCUAGGAAGGAGAACGUUAAAGAGGAGUGCUAUCAGCGCCGCAUUGCCAAACUAGCGCAGCUGAAAAGGACUCUGGCUAUUAAGAAAGACGAAUUCUAUUCUCAAAAAGCGGCCGAAUUCCAUCAGCUUGCUGACCUUUUGGCCCAGCUCGAUUGUAAUGUAGAUAUCUCUCUUGCAACGCCGUCAAGAGAGGCAUCAAUUGUGAGAAAGUCUGAGGUGGAGACUGAACUAAAACGUCUUUUCGAACUGGUCGUAGCUGAGCGCAGGGUGGACACCUUAGCACCGACACGUGCGGGCGCUUUAUGGUGGUAUUCAAAGGAGGCUGUACUAAGAGAACAUGUCAACAAUUCACUUGUAGAACGAGAAGUCCAGCACCUGCGUCAACGACGGCGAAAAUGA